UAAACUACCCCGGCGAAAAAUGUUUGGACUCAAUAGUAUCUAAUGUCCGGUACGGUGACGGACAAUCAACAGACAGAGAAAGUUAUUCUAACAGCCUAUGUAGAAGGAGCAUGCCAACCUGGGUGGAUACACUUUAAAACUUCGUGUUACUACUUUAGCACAAACUCUCUUAAUUGGCAGCAAGCUUCGACCGAUUGUAAGGGACGCUCUGCAAAAUUAGUCAGCAUAGAUACAUCCCAAGAGAAUGAUUUUAUUGCUGAUGAGAUAGCUAGCGUUGGUGGUUCAUUCUGGUUAGAUGGUACAGAUCAUAAUAAAGAGGGAAGAUGGAUAUGGGCGUCAAGUAAAGAGCUUUUUGAUUUUACGGCCUGGCUGCCACAUGAACCGUCAAAUUACCAGAACAGCGAAAACUGUCUAAUGACACAGAAAGGCUAUAGCGGACAAUGGAAUGAUUAUGGUUGUUUACAUGUUAUUCAAUUCAUCUGUGAGCAUGCUUCAAAUGAUCCUCCAGUUGGAUAACAGUUUCUGCCUACUUCACAACUAGUAAACAGAUUAUUUUUUGUUGAAUAAAACUUACACAUGUGUUGCUAAA